AUGCUGACAGUAAUAGAGCUUAUUUUCUGUUUAAUACCAAUUUUCUUGUCAUUCAUGGAUCACAAAUUAAAUGUGAUUUUACUACUUUUUAGUUUUUCUUUGCUCAAAAUGGAUGGCAGUGCAUUUGUUUUUAAAUUAAUGCCUUUGGUUGUUGAUUUUUUUAAGUGGAAAAGUACAGGCAAUGUUGUUUUGUUCCAUUGUUAUCAACCUGUUACAGUAGUUGGCAUGCAGACUGUACUUUCUCAUUAUAAUUUGUAUACUUCAGCAAGGGAUAUGUAUCAAAAUUUCUCAGUUACUGUACAUGAUGAAAAACUUGGAAUUUUAUUGAACACAUCAUGUGUUGGAUGGGAAAGAGUAUUCAAUAACUUAAAUACAUUUACCUUUCAACCUCAGUUUAUUUGGCUGAUCACUACAGAGGAUUUUAAUGAGACUGUAAACAAAUUAUUUUAUUAUCCAAUACUUGUAACUUCUGAUGUUACAAUUGCAUACCAAAAUGGGAGUAAUUAUGAAUUGAUUGAAGUUUACAAAAAUGGGCCAGAUGUAGGAUGGUUUACUAUGAAGAGUGUUGGGUACUGGGAUUCAAAGCUACAUGUAACUAAGAUCAACAGAUGGGAUUUGACGGGGGUAACGAUGAGAUGUCCCAUAGUUGUUGCUGAGAGAAUUGUGAAUGAAACUUUCGACGAUUAUUUGGCUGGGAAGAAGCCGCAUAUAGAUUCUUUGAACAAAUUGAAAUUUUAUUCUGUUUUGCUGUAUUUACAACACAUGUUUAAUUACAGCUAUGAACUAAAACGUGUCAGUUCAUGGGGAUAUUUCCGCAAUGGUAGCUUUGAUGGCAUGGUGGGAGCCUUGCAGCGUGGCGAAGCUGACGUCGGGGGCAGCACAGCCUUCUUCAGAGGCGAUAGAGCUAAGCUGGUUGACUAUAUUGUGGAACUGUGGCCAUCUAGACAAUGCUUCAUUCUCCGCCAUCCGAAGCAUCCCGGAAGCUUCUUCUCCAUCUACACUCGCCCGCUGACCACUCGGGUCUGGUACUGUAUCCUGGCCAUGUUAGUUUUGAUAUCUUCCAUCAUGGCGUUCAUAUUGAAGCUCAUGGGUGGGAAUUAUGACGCGUCACCCAGCUUGGCUCUGCUGUUCACUUGGAGUGCUAAUUGUCAGCAGGGAAUGUCAAUAGAGCGAAAUUCUGCGCCCGUGAAGAUCAUUGUCCUAGCGACGUUCGUGUACUCCAUCACUAUCUACCAGUACUACAACGCGGCCGUGGUGUCCACGCUGCUGCAGGAGCCGCCGAAGAACAUCAGGACCUUGGGCGACCUGGUGCGGAGUAGCCUGAAGGCGGGGGCCGAAGACGUGCUGUAUGUUAGGGAUUUUUUCAAGCGUACGACAGAUCCCAUAGCUUUAGAAAUGUACCACAAGAAAAUAAUGACAGAGGGCAAUUUCCAUACGCCUGAAUCCGGGAUGGCCCUAGUGAAACGUGGCGGAUUUGCUUUCCACGUGGACAGUGUCGUGGCGUACCGUAUCAUGAGGAAGAGUUUCACUGAAAGGGAGAUAUGCGAAGCCCAUGAGAUUCCGAUGUACCCGCCUCAGAAAAUGGGAGUGAUUGUUGCGAAGCGGUCGCCUUAUAAGGAGCAUGUUACUUACGGCGUUCGUAAGAUGUUGGAAGCGGGCCUUUUACAUCGCCUGCGCACUGUGUGGGACGAGCCAAAGCCCCAUUGCGUAAGAACCGCCAACAAUAACAUGAUAACAGUUUCCAUCCGCGAGUUCUCCAUGGCGCUAGUAGCGCUUUGUGUGGGCAUUAUGACAGCUGUAAUCAUUUUGGCGGGAGAAAUUAUAGUGUUUAGGUUUAGAAACAGAUUGAAAAGUAGUAAAAAAAUUCGCAGGCAAAUAAAGAAGGUUGGCAGCAACUGAAAUAAACAUAUUUAUGAAAACACCUUGCCUUAACAUUAGUAAUAUUUAUGUAUUUAUAGAAUAGCAUAAAAAAGUGGCUAAUAUUUGAUGUGUAUAUCAAAUUCAUUAACAUUCAAAUUUGCACUAUGUACAUUGAUUAU